CAAUUUAAUAAAUUGGUAGCACACUAAUUGGUUACAUGAUUACAAAAACAAAUAUGUUCUGCACCUCAUGUAAUAUAAAACAUAAGAGUAACCCAUCUACGUAAAGGUUGCCUUUGUUUACCGGCGCUGCUAAUGCGCAAAUUCGGUUGUAUUUUUUUUUAUUUCAACUAUUUUGUUGCGGUGGAUAUGAAUCAAUUUUUUUUAUUAUGGAACAAAUAAAAACAAUAUCCUUUGUUGAUCCUUGUUCUUAUAUAGGCUCGAUAACAGAAGUCAACAGUCGUAGAUUCAAACUGCUAGAAUAUAUAAUAUUAGAAAAGAAAAUCAACGAUGAAAUGUUUACAAUAUUUGACGUGAAAAAAUGCUACGAUGAAGAUAUUAUUAUUCCCGACAGAAAAGCUAUCUCAGUGGAGGGGCUUUUGGAUGCCUUACUCGUUCUUUAUGAUGAAUGUUGUAACUCUUCGUUACGAAGGGAGAAAACUGUAUCAGAUUUUAUAAAACUUGUAAAACCGGUGGUAUCACUUAUAAAACAUUUACGACUGUCUCGUGAUGAUUUUGAAAUAAUUAAAAUAAUUGGGCGAGGUGCAUUUGGUGAAGUUUGUGUGGUGCGGAUGAUUCAAACUCAAAAUAUAUACGCCAUGAAAAUUUUAAACAAGUGGGAAAUGUUAAAAAGAGCGGAAACUGCAUGCUUUCGGGAGGAACGAGAUGUUUUAGUAUUUGGGGAUAGGCAAUGGAUUACCAAUUUACAUUAUGCUUUCCAAGAUGAUACCAACUUAUAUUUGGUUAUGGAUUAUUAUUGUGGAGGCGAUUUAUUAACAUUAUUAAGUAAAUUUGAGGAUCACCUACCCGAAGAUAUGGCAAAGUUUUAUAUUGCUGAAAUGAUAUUAGCAAUUAAUAGUGUACACAAACUUCAAUAUGUUCACCGUGAUAUAAAACCUGAUAACUUGGUUUUGGAUGCAACUGGCCACAUACGUUUAGCUGAUUUUGGAUCAUGUUUACGAUUGGGUCCUGAUGGCAUGGUGCAAUCGAAUGUUGCAGUUGGUACGCCUGAUUAUAUAUCACCAGAAAUUUUACGUGCAAUGGAAGAUGGCCAAGGUAAAUACGGAGCUGAAUGCGAUUGGUGGUCGCUAGGUGUUUGCAUGUAUGAAAUGCUUUUCGGUGAAACUCCAUUUUAUGCAGAAAGUCUUGUGGAGACGUAUGGGAAAAUAAUGAAUCAUCAAAAUAGUUUUGAUUUUCCCUCACAUGAAAACGAAAGUUUUGUGGUGUCGGAAAAUGCAAAAGAUUUAAUACGAAAACUUAUUUGCGCUCCUGAAUAUCGUUUAGGACAAAAUGGUAUUGAUGAUUUUAAAAACCAUCCAUGGUUUGAAGGUUUAAAUUGGGAAACAUUAAAAGAAGGAACAGCACCCUAUAUACCACAAGUAUCAAGCCCUACAGACACAUCGAAUUUUGAUGUAGAUGAUGAUAUGCGGCUUUCUGAUACAGUACCACCAACAUCGAAUCCAGCCUUUUCAGGACUUCAUUUACCUUUUAUUGGUUUUACAUUUUCAAAAAAUUGUUGCCUUUCUGAUCUGGGAAAACCAAAAGCAAUACAUAUAAAGAAUAAAAAAAAUAAAGGUUCAACAAUUUCAAAUUCAGAUUACCAAGAUUAUCAAAAAUCAUCUUAUGAUGAUAAUCGUCAACUGUUGGAUGAGGUCAAUUUAUUAACUAAGAAGAAUCUCGAAUUAGAAAGUCAAUUAAAAAAACUGAAUUGGGAUGAAAACAAACCAUUUAAUAUAAAAAAUUCAGAUGAACUUGAUAAUUUACAACAAAUUGUCGUAAUAAAGUUGGAGCAGGAUAUAAACGAAUUAAGAAGAGAAAAUGGUGAUCUAGUCAAAAAGUGCACUGAGGCGCUCGAUCGUUCAAAACAACAAGAAGAAGAACUUAAAGAUGCGAUAAGUCAACGAAAUUUAGCAAUGAUGGAAUAUUCAGAAGUUACAGAUAAAUUAUCUGAACUGCGUACACAAAAGCAAAAAUUAUCACGUCAGGUUCGCGAUAAAGAAGAAGAACUGGAAACUGUUAUGAAAAAAAUUGACGGUUUUAGGAAUGAGCUCAGGAAAGCUGAUAAAAAUCGUCGAGAGUUGGAAUUAAGAGUAGAAGAUGCUGUUACAGAGGCAACCAAAGAAAGAAAGCAAAGGGAGCGAUCGGAAGAAUAUUGUCGACAAAUUGAAAACGAAUUACGUACAAAAACAAAUUCAGAUGGGAGUAUGUCGUUUACUUCUGGCUAUAGUUCAGAUAAUUCCAGAUAUGAAAUGGAACGUCUGGAAGUACAGUAUAAUGAACAACUUGAUCAACAGCAGACACGGCAUAAUAUGGAAACAUCAGCUUUACGCGAACAGCUUAAUGAAUCAGAAAAACAUCGGGAGUUAUUAUAUAAAGAACUGCAACAAAUACGAGAAAACUAUGAUUCUAAUCGACUAGAUUCGUUAAAUGAUACGGCUGAUACAAUAAGUGAAUUGAAAAAUAAAAUCGAUCAAGAACGAAAUAACUGGCUGGAAGAAAAGUGUAGAAUGCUUGCAGAAAUCGAUGUACAAAAUAAAAAUAUUCUUCAUUUACACUCAAAACAAAUGGAAAGUGAAAACACGUUUGAAGAACUAAGAUUAAAACGUGAAGCUAUUUCUCAAUGGGAACGACAGAUGUCAGAAAUAAUACAAUGGGUGUCAGAUGAAAAAGAUGCACGUAGUUAUUUACAAGCCUUAGCUACAAAAAUGACCGAAGAGCUUGAAUAUCUUAAGCAAACAGGUCCAUUUUACCAAAAUUCUUCAGAAAAUUUAAAUUGGCGAAAUAGGCGUUCGCAGAAAUUAGAUAAAAUGGAAUUACUAAAUCUGCAAAGUUCACUUCAAACUGAAAUACAAGCAAAAGCCACAAUUUCCGAAGAGUUAAGCAAAACAAGAGCUGAACUCAUUGCAACACAAAAGGAUCUACAUGAAAGUAGAAAACGGUGUGAGUCUGCUAUAACCGAAUUACAACACAAGGAUUGCCAAAUACGUGAUAUGCAGAGAAGUUGUAAUUGUUCAGAUACUUUUCAAAAGAGAUCUUUAUCACAAAUUUCGAACUACUUUUUUAAGGAUUCAACUAGUAAUUCGAAUAAAGCUGAACUGGAAAACAGAGAGCAGUCAUUUAGUGAUGAUAUGUUAAAUUCGGACACAAGCACUUUAUCGAAAGAAUUUAAAGAUUCAUCCGAUAUUACUGGUCAAUUAAAUUAUUUUCAUUUUGCAUCGGAUGAACGUUCUAGUAGCAUGAAUCAACAUCACUAUGGUGAUAAUUUUCUAGAUAAUAGUAGUAAUGGUAUGGAUGACAGUCAUUUGUUAAAUAUAUCAAAGAGCAACCUAAGCAUUAAUCCUUCAGAAAAUUCAACUAUUAAUAUGUCGAAAAUUAGAAUUCAUCAAUUUUUGGUUAGAACUUUUAGUAGUCCUACGAAAUGCAAUCAUUGCACAUCAUUGAUGGUUGGUCUUACGCGACAAGGUGUUGUCUGUGAACUUUGUGGUUUUGCUUGUCAUACAUCUUGUUGUCAAAAAGUUCCAACUAUAUGCCCAGUGCCUUCUGAUCAAAUUAAACGCCCUCUUGGCAUAGAUCCAACACGUGGUAUUGGUACUGCAUAUGAAGGUUAUGUAAAAGUGCCAAAAAUGGGUACUGUUAAACGUGGCUGGGUUCGCCAAUUUGUCGUCGUAUGCGACUAUAAACUCUUCUUAUAUGAUAUAUCUUCUGAUCGUACUGCUCUUCCAAGUGUUAACGUAACCCAAGUACUCGAUAUGAGAGAUCCAGAAUUUUCUGUUGCUAGUGUAAGAGAAAGUGAUGUUAUACAUGCUAACAAAAAGGAUGUACCAUGUAUAUUUAGGAUUAAAACUUCCCUUUUAGAAGGAGGUCCGUCGUUAAAUACUCUUAUGUUAGCUGAUAACGAAUCAGAAAAAACUAAGUGGGUAGUGGCUUUAAGUGAACUGCAUCGUAUUCUAAAACGUAAUAAUCUUCCGAAUACCUCAAUAUUUAAAGUUCAUGAACUUCUUGAUGGUUCUUCAUCCGUGUUACGUAACGCUACUUCUGCACUUAUUAUAUAUCCUGAUCAAAUGCUUAUAGGUAGUGAGGAUGGUUUAUUUAGUGUUAAUCUAGAGUUAAACGAAAUCGCACGAAUUGGUGACAAUAAAAAAAUUAUACAACUCUUCUACGUUGAAGAAGAGCAAAUUCUAGUCAUUUUAUGUGGGAAACAGCGUCAUUUACGUCUGUUACCUAUUAGGGCUCUCGAAAUAAGUGAUGUUGAUUGGAUUAAAGUUGUGGACUCAAAAAGUUGUAUUGCCGUUUGUACUGGUAUCAUUAAAAAUUCACCAAAUCCUGUUUAUUCGUUUAUCAUCGGAUUAAAAAGACCAACAAACCAAACGCAAAUUGUUGUGUACGAAAUUAACCGCAAUCGCUAUAGGCAUCAAAAAAUUUGUGAAUUUACUGUAGCGUAUCCAGUACAAAGCUUACAAAUUUUAUCAGAUAUGCGUCUAAUUGUUGGCCAUCAAAGUGGCUUUACAGCCUAUUUUCUCCAAGGAGAAGCAAAAGCCAUGUCUCUCAUACAUCCAGAGAAUCAAUUAUGUGCCUUUUUAAAUUACUCGGGAGUUGAUGCUAUUUGUAUUAUUGAAAUACCAUCUGGACCAAAAGGCGGAGAAUAUCUAUUGGUGUUUCAAACACUUGCAAUUUAUGUCGAUAUGCAAGGUCGUAAAUCACGAGAUCGAGAAAUUCUUUAUCCUGCUAUACCAACACACAUAACUUAUUCGGAUGGUCAUUUGUUAGUCUUCUCAGAAACUCAUCUCGACGUUUUUAACGCGCAAACAGCAGACUGGGUCCAAUCGAUUGGACUUAAACGUUCACAACCAUUAAAUAAUCAAGGCAAUAUUGUUCUAUCUUACUUAACCGAUUCGCCAUUAAUAAUUUAUUUAGCAAAUAUACAUAUAAAAGAAAUUUUAAAUAUACAUGGAAUUGAGCGCAAUAAUCAAAAGAAGAAAUUUUUAUUUAAAGAAGUGAAUAAAACUGCUAAAAAUAUUGAUAGGCGUUCUAAAAUGAUAUCUGCUCCUACUAAUUUUAAUCAUAUUUCGCAUAUGGGUCCAGGAGAAGGAAUACAAAAUCAAAGACUUCUUGAUCUUCCGACAACUGUUGAAACAGCGGACAGACUUGACAAUAUAUUUUCUCAUUCACAAACGUCACGGUUUUCAACACGACAGAUAUUAAACUUUAAUAACGAAUAUUCAUCUAAAUAUCAUGCAUCCGAAAAAAUAGACGAUAAACCCAGAUCACCCUGUCCAAUGGAAAAUAUGUCUUGUUUAAAAGAUGUUUUGGAGGGUAUUGAUAAUAUGUCAAUAAUAUCACAUAGCGUAAGAAGCAAUUCACAAUCGGAACCGCCAUCUCCAUCUACUGAUAUCCAAUAAAUUAUUAUUAAUUUUAUAUUUUAAGAGUAAUUAAUGCAUAUUAUGCGUAUACAUUAGUUUGAAAUAAUAUAAUAAAAAUUUCAAAGCAAAGUUUAAUAACUAAAAUUAA